AUCGCAAAACUCAGCUGAGGAGAGUCCAAGAUCAGCCCGCUGACGCUGAAAGAGUUGAUCUACUUGCGUUUUAAUCCUUCUGGAUACGAGCGAGACUCAAGGCGAAAAAGUUUUUGUUUCAGUUCAGAUUGUUUAUUACUGCCUUAGAUAUUGUAAUGUUAUGUUCAUAGGUUCAAGGUAAAAUAGCUAUAACAUUGGUUUGAUAUCAUUUUAGGUAAAAACAUGGCAAUUGGACCUAAAAGGGACAUAAGAACGGGUUAGUGGCGUCCGUACACCACAUUAACUGCAUAUUCUUAGUUUGGAACGGACAUAAAAGUUUGUUCUAAGAGCAGGAAGUGACUUAAGAUCAACGUCAUUAAAUUUUGGGUGGGAUUAUAAAUUGGAAAUAAAUUGACUGUCGGAAAAUAUCCAACUCAGGAUGUGCUGCAAUCAUAUAUAAUAAUACUAUGAGCGAUACAAGUCGAGGAGUUUGCAUGUUGUCAGACGCUGUUGAGGACGUUUGAUGAACGGUACCAGGGGCAGGCAUGGCAUCGUUUAUUUAACGGGUGAGUGCGUAUAGGUUAGCAUACCUGUCAAGAAACAGGACGGCGAUUGUGUUGUAAGAUGUAGAUCUAGGAAUGUCUAAAACUGUGGAAAUGAAUUGGUAUCUGAGCAUUCCUGGUGUUUCAGUGACAUACGUGUUUUUUUUUAAUUAAGUUAUCCUUGGCUCAGUUGGCUAUACUAUACAGAAACUUGGCGAGUCUUCUUAUGUGGUCGAAAAACUUGAACUCCAUGCCCUACCCCUUGACCCUGCUGUGUGUGCGUGUUUAGGCUACCUGAGUGUGGACAUCUUGUGCGUGCGUGUGCGCUUGUGUCUCGUGCGUGCGCUCUUGAGCGUGUGCAAACGGGCGAGAGUGUGUUGCUGCUCGCUGUGUGAUUGAGAGGGAUGGACAUGUAACCUACAAUAGAAAGAGGGAGAGAUAGCGUCCCAUGAUUCCGCUUCUAAAUUUUUAAAAGCGUUGUGGAACUUUGCUGGCUGUCGCUAUGACUGCAGGAGUGUAGAGUUUCAUUUGGGACAGAACUGAUUGAUACAGUCGGAGCCCUGUGCUGGCAUUGGAAAAGAGACAGACCCGAAGCUCACGGAUGCGAUGCAACUAACUUAAACUUCAUGGACUUCUUGGUCUUAGUCUAGCAAAGUGAAACUAUUGAUGGCCUUGGUUGUAUGCGUAUCAACUUGAAAGAUGACGCUCAACACGCAGAGAGAACGCAAGGAAACUUUGAGGAGGCGAGCAAGCACUCCUAUCCCUUCGUCUCAUCAGUCGGGCCCGAGAAACAGAGACCCUCCCUCCGAUCCCCACCACCCACCGCUCGGCCAUUCAGCUUCUUACCAUCCUGGAGACAAGAGCAUACAUUCACGGGCCAACUGGUCCUCAGAUUCGGAGGAGUCGGACAGCUCGGAGGCUGAGUGCUUGUAUCGCGUGGUGUUACUAGGGGAGCACGGAGUUGGAAAAUCAAGUUUGGCCAAUAUUUUUGCCGGCAUACAAGAGAAGGACGCACAUAACCACAUAGAAGAGGACACUUAUGAGAAAACACUGACUGUGGAUGGAGAGGAGACGACUCUUAUAGUGAUGGACACGUGGGAAACAGAGAAACAGGAGGAGGAUGAGAAGUGGGUACAGGACUACUGCAUGCAGGUGGGCAACGCCUACGUCAUCGUGUACUCCAUCACCGACCGCAGCAGCUUCGAGAGCGCCUCGGAGCUCCGCAUCCAGCUGCGACGCAUUCGCCAGGCUGAGGACAUCCCCAUUAUCCUCGUGGGCAACAAAAGUGACCUGGUGCGCUGCCGAGAGGUGGCUGUGGAAGAGGGCCGGGCCUGUGCCGUAGUGUUCGACUGCAAGUUCAUCGAAACGUCGGCCUCGCUGCACCACAAUGUGAGCGAGCUGUUUGAGGGCAUAGUGCGUCAGAUCCGCCUGCGCCGUGACAGCAAGGAGACCAACGAGCGCCGGCGUUCCGUCUACCGUCGCAAGGAGAGCAUCACCAAGAAGGCCCGGCGCUUCCUCGACCGGCUGGUGGCCAAGAACAAUAAGAAGAUGGCCCUCAAGGUCCGCUCCAAGUCCUGCCAUGAUCUUGCUGUGCUGUGAACUGCACGCCCCUUCACCCACACACUAGCAAACUCUCCUCCAGCUCACACACACACACACACAAAAACACACACACAAAAACACACACUGAGGAAACACAUAGCACAUAGUUGACAUGUGCGGUGUAGAUGGAGGACUGAAAGAAAGGAAAGAUCCUUAUUCAACAUUCCCCAUAAAAGUCUUCAGUCCAAUCCAUGGGCCUAUCCACUUUGCUGUGUAGUGAAGUACUAGCGAUGAUUUUUGCUGGGCCAGUGGACAUACAUUUUAUGCUCUGAAAUCUCUCAACUUUCUUUUUGUUUAUAUUUGAUCAGUGUUUGUCUGUUGUUUAUUUGUAGUACUUCAUCUGUGUUGUUGGUUUUAUUUAUUGAGCCUUUCUGAACAAUGUGGGUUGGAUUAUGUGCCCUCCAAUGCAAGCCAAUGAGCCAUUUAGGAUGUUCAUAUGCUGAAUUCAACCAAAUCAACAGAGAAAAGAGAAUGUGAGUAAUUUGGGAAUAUUUCCCAUAACCUCACAGUUGUUAUAUCACAAGUUCUAAUGGAUGUGCUUUUGUUGUUUAUUCCAUGGACACUUUAUCAAAUAAUCUGCCUUAUAUAGAGUAUAGAGUAACAGUAGAUAUGUACUGUACAUCUACCGUUUUGGCAUAACAUGUCGCAAAUCCAUUUGGCUCAGAUGUAAAAUGGUUUUCAAUUUUCUACCAAAGAAAGUGCUUUGAAUUCAUUGUUUGAUAUGACUUCUGUGUGGAAAGCAUAGUCCUAAGAUUUACUUCUGCAAAGGUUACUGAUGGUUAGAUUUCUAGGUCUGCACUGGGAACUAUGACUUCAUAGAUGGCAAAAGAAAGGGAUACAAACUAAACUAAACAUGUAAAUAUCUACACAAGGACUGUUUUAAGAGGCUAGCCUUUGCUUCAGGAAUUGUCUAAGUUGCAUUAGACAAUGUGUUCUUCACCAGCAUAUUUUUCAAAGCUCUGUAGCAAACUGCUAUGUCAGACUUCUCCUCCAUGGACCCCAUCCCUUGCAUGUCCUGUUGUGGCCACUGGUAAUGUGCUUGGACUUUGUGGCUCCACAGCAAAGACAAUUGAGAGGAAAACUGCAAAGAUUUCUCUGCUGUUGAAGAUCUCCCAGACUGAACAAUAUACUGGUUAUGACUUUUGUACAGAAUGAAUGUUCCAAUUUUGUAAAUAUGUUCUGUCUAGCAUUUUUACAAUUAAAUAAAAGAGUAGUUUACGCA